CCCACCCCCUGUCCUCUUUGUCCCCUUCCCUCGAUCCGGAAAUUGCAUGGGCUGGGACAAAGAGAGUUAAAAGCUGUGUCACCUGCGGGUCUGGGAGACAGACAGCCGGCAGGAGGGGGACAGGUGGAACAGCCAUGACAGGGGGUUGAGAGGCCAGGUGGACAGUGGGAGACUUGACUGGCAGGGUGGCGGGCAGAUGAAAGGACUGGCAGGUAGGUGGCCAGGCAGAUAGCAGAGAGACCCGACAGGCUAAGAUUGCCAACAGCCACGUGGAGGAACCGGCAGGCAGGCAGGCAAGGGACGGGCACAGGGAGAGCUGAGCGUGUGGACCUCCCUGUGGGGCUGCUGGCGGAAGGAACAGGGAGAAGGACAGGCCAAGUGGCAUCUCUGAGAGGCCCCACCCUUUCCCCCAGAACCUGGAGGUGGCUCACCAUGGGGUCCAGAAUCUUUCUGCUCCUUUGUUUUAUUGGGCUCAGCCACGAGGCCAAAGAGAAGAUUGUUAAUGGCACGGAAUGUGUCCCUCACUCGCAGCCUUGGCAGGUGGGGCUAUUUGAGGGCACCCACCUGCGCUGUGGGGGGGUCCUCAUUGACCCCAGGUGGGUCCUCACGGCUGCUCACUGCAGUGGCAGCAGGUACUGGGUGCGCCUGGGGGAGCACAGCCUCAGCUGGCUGGACUUCACAGAACAGAUCCGGCGCAGCGGCCUCUCCGUGACCCACCCAGGCUAUCAGGGAGCCUUGAAGAGCCAUGACCAUGACCUCCGGCUUCUGCGACUGGGCACCCCCGUCCUCCAGACUCGCAGUGUCCGGCCCCUGCCCCUGCCCACAUCCUGUGCGGCGGCUGGCACCGAGUGCCACAUCUCAGGCUGGGGCACCACCAACCAGCCAUGGAGCGCGUUCCCUGACCGGCUCCAAUGCCUCAACCUCUCCAUCGUCUCCGAAGGCACCUGCCGGGCUGUGUUCCCGGGGAGAAUUACCGACAACAUGGUGUGCGCGGGCGGCUCUGCUGGGGAGGACGCCUGCCAGGUUGAUUCUGGGGGCCCCUUGGUUUGUGGAGGAGUCCUUCAAGGUCUAGUAUCCUGGGGGGCCGUGGGGCCGUGCGGGCAAGAUGGCAUCCCAGGAGUCUACACCAAAAUUUGCAAAUAUGUGGACUGGAUCCGGAUGGUCAUAGGGAACAACUGACCUGCUCUGUCUACCUUCCGGCCUCAGCUUGGGGGCCACUCUGACGCUCAGAAAGAUGGAUCAGAGAGGGUGUGGGCUUUCCCUCGGGGGCCACGUAGCAAUGGCGGAGGGAAAGUUACUUCUAAGAGUGAAAAUGAAACCAAACAGGGCCCUGUGGGGCUUCUGGGCACACAUGCCCUUCUGUGCUACCCCCCCCCCCCAUUUCUUGUUUUUAGGAACUAAACUUCAGCCUCUACGACCUUCCCUGAGUUCCAAAAGUCUACUGCUAACCAGGAAAGGGAGGAGGUGCAGAGACACGAAUGCAUCCUGGGGGCAGGGUCGGGGUUCCUUCUCAAGGAAUAUACAUAAUGCUAUCUGCAGAACUAAAACUCCCAACUAAUGGAAGCUGUUAAUGAAGCAUUCUUUAUUCUGAGGCCAGACCACUCAACACCAGCUUUGAAAACAAUGCAAGCUCGCCUCCGCCCUGAUCCUUAUCUGGGGCCCUGUUUUUCACUCCUCACACUGUAAAACCCCCUCCCAAUCUCUGGGGGGGGGGGCACAGUCUUUAAGGCAUUAGCCUGCUAGGACCCUCC